AUGGCCAUCUCUGCAAAGGAAAUUCCCACUUUGCAACUUCCUUUUCUGCAGGCAGGUCACCUGAAGCAUGUAUUCAGCGGUGCUGAUCAUGAGAUGACUGAAGCAAGAGCCGCCUCUCCCCAGGCUCCCUCUGCUCCUGAAGAAGAAGCCCAAGAGGAGCAAAUUGAGGGACAUGACCGCAAGCCUCCGUCACUGGUCACAGCCAAACCUGAAUCUUCCGAGCCAAUGACUGAAGCAAGAGCCGCCUCUCCCCUGGCUCCCUCUGCUCCUGAAGAAGAAGCCCAAGAGGAGCAAAUUGAGGGACAUGACCGCAAGCUUCCGUCACUGGUCACAGCCAAACCUGAAUCUUCCGAGCCAAGAAUGACCCAGCAGAGCAGCAGCACAGUGCUUUGGGAACGUGUGGGCCCAUCAGUCUUUGGGUCUUGGCCCACAAAUGUCGUAUGGGAAGUUGAAACCCAUCUUCUCUUGCUUUCUGUGCAGGUCCUUCCAGAGAAAGAGCAGGAGCAGAUUGCUUCAUCAGAGAUGCCAUGCCAGACUCAGGGAGAGCUGUUCCCAGCCCGAGAGCAGGAAGAGCAGCUCAGGCAGCAGGUGGAAGAGCCCCAGCAGAAUGGCCAGAACAUCAAGGCAGAGCCACAAGCAGAGCUGCCCGAAGCUCAGAGUGCCAUCAUGGCAGUGAAGAGGAGGAACAAGGACGCCAUGAGAAGAAUUCAAGAGGAGAUGAACUUCCAUCAGCAGAGGGGCGAUCAACAAAACCAGGUAAGUGAAAGAGUGGCAGCCACUCCACUCAUGAAACGUCCUCUCCCUUGUCCUUUACAGAUCAUCAAGGAACACCCGCAGGCAGAGCUGCAGGAAUCUGAGGCUAGCAACAAGGCAAGGGAGAAGAGGCUGGAAGAAGAAAUGAAACUUGUCAGAGAGAAACUUAGUCGCCUGCCUCAGGCUCUACAAAAGCAAGUGCAAGUGUUGACAUCUCACCGUGCAGCCUGCGAAGACUACCAGCGAGUGUCUGGCCAUGAAGAGCCCCAAGGCUGGCAUGAGGCACAGCAACAGUCCCCAGGAGAAGGGCUGCAGGAUCAGCACAUCUCCACGGGCUCUGGUGCUAGACCUGCUGCUGCAGCAGCAUUACCUCGAGGAAUGUGUAGUGUCAAACCUGGGAACUCGAGCUCGGAAAGUUUGUUCAUCUCUCCGAUUGAGAGGAAGUACCUGGAGAUGCUGGCUGCCCUGUCCCUGAGGGCUGGUGGGACUGCAGAGGCUGGAGCCUUCCUCAGCUGCGAGAGGGGCAUCUUUGAGCUCAGCCUGCUCAUCAACAGGGGUUUUGGACAAGUGGUCAGAGCACUCAACAAUGCCACAGGAGGAGAGGUGGCCAUCAAGAAAAUAAAUAUUCAAGGACGGAGGAGGAAGCGACUAACCCUUAAUGAAAUCAUGAUCAUGAAGAGGUGUCGGAGUCCCAAUAUUGUGUAUUAUUUAGACAGCUACCUUCUGGGUGAGGAGCUCUGGCUGGUUAUGGAGUACAUGGACGGAGGCACUCUGAGUGAUGUCAUCAGCCAGACCCACCUGUCUGAAGAUGAGAUGGCAGCCAUCAGUCGGGAGUGCUUGCAAGGACUGGAUUUUCUUCACUGGAACCACAUGAUCCACCGAGAUGUGAAGAGCGAGAACAUCCUUCUCAGAACCGACGGCUCUGUCAAGCUGGCUGAUUUUGGCCUCUCGACUCAGCUCACCCCUGAGAAGAGUAGACGGCGCAUGGUAGCCGGGACUCCUUGGUGGAUGGCGCCUGAAGUGGUGAAAGGUCAACCAUAUGGCCCCAAAGUGGAUAUAUGGUCUUUUGGAAUCGUGGGCUUCGAAAUGGUAGAACAUGAACCUCCUCACUGGAACCAAAGUCCUGCCUCGGCUAAACACCUGAUAGCCACAGGAGGGACCCCAGAGCUCAGGUGGCCCAAGCUCGUCUCGGCUUUGCUGCGUGACUUCCUGAGCUGCUGCCUGCAGACGGACGAGGAGCGGCGCUGGUCUGCCGACGAGCUCCUGCAGUAUCAUCCAUUUGUAACAUCAGCUGAGCCAACAUCCAUCCUGGCACCACUCAUCAGCCUUCUGAAGGAGGAGACAAGAAACGAUCCCGUCAAGAUUUUGUCUCCAUCACCAACUUAG